GGACAGAGAGGAAGCGGAAGCAGUCAGUGGCAGAUGUCGGUGCAGGCGGACGCCGUGCCGCGGCUGCAGCUCUUUAACUGCGUGCACGCGGACUGUGGAGCGACGUUCACGCGCCGGUGGCGUCUGGAGGAGCACGAGAGCGCGCACACCGGAGCGCGGCCGCACAGAUGCCCCGUGGAAGGAUGCACGCGCCAGUUCUCGCGCAGGUCGCACCUCACCAGGCACGCGCUCAAACACCAAGGCGGAAGUGUCAGGUGCAGUGUGGAGGGCUGCAGUGGGACCUUCUCCACCAGGGACAAGCUGAGGAGACAUGUCGGGGUCGCGCACGGGGACCAGCAGCGCUACUUUAAGUGCACGUUUCCUGGCUGUGUGAUGACGUUCCGGAAGCGGCGCUUGCUGAAACUUCACCAGGUGACUCAUGGAGUCUCGUCAGCCUUCAGGUGUCUGAAGGCCGGCUGCAGCAUGACGUUCAGCACACACAUCGCCCGAAAAGCUCAUGAGAAAACGCACUCGGGUUAUCAUUGUCCUCACCCGCAGUGUCCUGUUGUGGAGGACACGUGGACUAAACUACAGAAACACACAGCUACACACCCAGCCUCACACUCGUGCUCCACGUGUGAGAAGACCUUUGUGAAACGUGAUGCUUUGCGGAGACACAAGCGCACUCACGCUGUGCAGAAACCCGUGCUGCUGUGUCCGAGUGAUGGCUGCCAGGCGUACUUCUCCACCACCUUCAACCUGCAGCACCACAUCCGUAAAGUCCACCUGAAGCUGCUGAGUCACUGCUGCUCCUUCCCCGGCUGUGAGAAAGCCUUCGCCAUGAGGGAGAGUCUGGUUCGUCAUCUGCUCCGUCAUGACCCCGACACUGCAAAGGUCAAGCGGCGGCGGAAGCGGGGCAGUAAGGGCUGGCAGAAGCGUCUGGAGGGUCGAGGCCGUCGCUGUCUGGUGGAAGACGAUCUGCGGCGUCUCUUCGCUCUGCGCAUGCGCAUCACUCGCCGCACCAAGCUGGAAGCCAAUCUGUCCGGGCUAUUCAACGAGCGCAAAAUCCCACACCACAUCGACCCGGAGGUGAACCUGCGUGACCUCUUCAACAUCAAACCUCCUCAAAAGGUCAAAGGUUAAGAUGGGAUCACAUUUCAUAUUGGCAUUGAGUUUUUUUCCAAGUUAAUUUUACUCAGGAUGAAGCGUGGGUUUUUUUUUUUAUUUAAUUGAAAUGAAGUCAGAUUUGUGUUGGAGGAACAGUGUAAUACUGAAGGAGAAUUUUUGUUCAUGCUUUGAGCUCUUUCUGAAAGUACAGUGGACUGUGAAGGCAAACUUGUUUCUUUUUUACUUUAAAUGUCCAGAGUCUGAACUAAAGCAGUUGCUAAAAUAAAUUCUCUCCUGAGGGUUUUUUUGUUAUUAAAUGGAUAAAAACCUGAGAUUUAAUUUUGGUGUAAGUUUGAGAACUGAUGCUUGAAGUCUAAUUUUUUGUAAAUCUCAUGUAAGUUAAUAAAGCCAGAAGCUGAAGUGAAGAA